UAAGAUACAAAAACAAUAGUCAAAUAGUCAAUAAAAAAAGCAACGCAAAUAAAUAUAUAUUAUAAAAAAAAAUAAAAGUUGGUCACUGGUCAAGUUGAGCAUAGUGAUUUUUCGUUAAGUUGUAGAAAAUGAAAAGAAUUUAAUAUAUAUUUUAUGACUGGAGCGAAAUUUCACGAGGAGUGUUGGUUUUGCAAGAGAAUAAAAUACGAACAAAAUGAGUGAUUCCCAUACGACGAUAACAACAAAAGCCGUAAUCGAGACGGCUUCCAACGAAGGACACGGGGAAGGCAAUUCUGACAACCAAAGCCAGGAAGAUGCCAUAUGCGAGUCUGCCACGCCCGUAUCGCCCUUGAAGUCAGUUGUUGUUGUUGAGGAAGGAAAAAACAGCGAAAGGAGCACAACCAUUGAAGAUAUCCAACGUCGAACAUCCCUACAGUCAAGUACAUCUGCCAUAAACAUUCUCAGCUCUGUUGGAGAUAUAAUGACCCUGCCCUCUGCAACAAAUUUGAAUGCUACCAACGAAAAUGAAGGUUCUUUUCAACAGACUUUUAAUCCCCAGGACGGCACCGAAGGCGAACGCAGUUGUUGGAUAUGUUUUGCGACUGAUGAAGACAAUCGGUUGGCCGCUUGGGUUCAACCUUGUAAGUGUCGCGGCACCACGAAAUGGGUGCAUCAAAGCUGUUUGUACCGCUGGGUAGAUGAAAAACAGAAAGGCAAUGCCCUACGCACGGUAAAUUGUCAACAAUGCCAAACGGAAUACAUCAUCGUAUUUCCUCAAAUGGGCAAAGUGGCCAAUAUAUUAGAAGCCUUUGAUAACAUAAUUAGGCGCGUAAGUCCAUUUUUGGCAGCAGGUAUAUUUGUUGGCUCUCUCUACUGGACUGCUGUAACAUAUGGGGCAGUGACGUUUCUACAGAUUGUCGGACACAAAAAGGGUCUAGCCCUAAUGGAAAAUGGCGAUCCCAUUUUAUUGCUAAUUGGUCUUCCAGUCAUACCUGUCGGUUUGGUAUUGGGUCGCAUGAUUCGCUGGGAAGAUGCUGUAAUUCGCCUAAUCCGCAACCGCCGCAAUGUGGCUCGUAAAUUGCCACUUAUGAAUUUUAUCAUACCUUAUCCAGAAGAAGAUGAGGAACAAACAGCUCAAAAUCCUGCAACACCAACGCUUUCGGAUCCUGUGUCAGCAACACGUAUAUUUUGUGGAGCUCUCUUAUUGCCAACGAUAUCCUCGAUUGUUGGACGACUGCUAUUUGAAUCAAUUGAAAAUACCUUGCACCGAACUUUAUUGGGUGGUCUGACAUUCAUAACGGUUAAGGGAAUUUUGAAAAUUUAUCUAAAACAACAACAGCACACACGUAAAAAGAAACGUCGUAUUGUAGACUAUACAGAGGAGAAUGUACGCGUCUAUGUAAAUCGAUCUAAUUCUAAUAGAAGUCAAGGAAAUCCUGCUGGAGCAACAGCUGCAUCGGGUGCUCAACAACAACAAGCAAAUGUGCCAAGAACCAAUGAACGUGACAGUGUAGUGUAGGUUAAUUAACCACAUUAAUCAAAAACAAAUAUUUGGUAAGACCAACAAAAACUACACGCUAUAAUAACAAUUAUUAAAAAGAGGUUCCGUCGUAUAGUAGUUAAUCUUUUUUAUAUAUAAAUAUAUAAAAAAAACUAAUAUGUGCUGUUAACAAAGCUACCACGUUAAUCUUCUUCUUUGAACUCUAUGACACACUCUCCCACACACACACACACACACACUCUAUCCAAUAAAUACUGGAAUAAAUUGAAAUCUAAAUAAAUGAAUAAUUGAAUUAGUAUACCACAUGCAUAUACAUACAAUAUAUAGGGCAAGAUAAACUCUUUUUGUAUAAAUAAUAUUUAACCGUUGGCAUGCCAUGAAAAUCCGACAUAAAACAAAAUGUUUUAGUAGCCAAUAAAGAAUUAAAAACUUUUAUGUGGGUACAUAAAGCUACGGGUAGGUUGAUUGAUAAUUUAGUUUUUGUCCAGUAAGGGUGUGGCCUUGACCACUUAUGUUUUUUUAGUUUGUCGACUUUUCUUACAAUUUGUUAACUUUAUAUUGAAUUGGUAUGGGUGCAGAAGCCUAAUUUUUAAAAACCUUAACAAAAAACCAUUUCUUUUUAUAUGUAGAUUAACGUUCUCACCAUUGCACCGGAUGGUUUUUAUGGUUACGAUAAUAAAGAGUUCGUUUUUAUUUGCACCCAAAAAUAUAAAGUCGGGUUUCUUUGCUAAACUGUUAUAUAUGUUUUAAUGUAAAAUUCUAAAAAUAAAUCUUGUUUUCAUCAUUA